AUGUCAUUAAAUAUUGAACAAUUUCCAUCAAAUAUAAAAACAUAUUUAAAAUUAGCUCAGUCAUUUGAAAAUACUGACCCAGUUAUUGCAUUUCAUUUCUGUGUGAAAGCAAAAACAUUGAUUGAAGAACAAUAUCAAGGAGAAGAUAAAGAAUUAAAAAGUUCACAAAUAGAUUUACUAACAAAUGUCAUUGAAAAUAAACCACAAUUUAUUCAAUUUAAAGAGUCAACUAAAUCACCAGCUGAAUAUUUGUUAAGAAAAGCUGUUAUGUUAUUACAAAAUUCUGACAAACAAUUAAAAGAAAAAGGUCCAUCAUUACAAAUAGGAAAAACAUUUCUUGUUUCAUCUUAUUUAUUUGAUUUAUAUGAAUUAUUUUUCCCAUUAAAUGAUACGAGUAAAAAAAUGCAGACAUACGCUAAAAUCAAAGCUAAUGAAUGUACUAAAUUAAAAGAAUCUUUUUCUUCUCCUAUGAUAGAAGAACCUGUUUCUAUUCCUGAUGAUAAUAAAACAAUCCAUUAUAUUACAGAAGAAAAACCUAUUGACCAACCUGCUUCUACUCCACUUAUAAAUCAACAAAACUUAUCUCAAUCUAGUCAACAACCAAUAAAAUCUUUUGAAGAUAAGAAAAGUGAUUACUCACAAUCUCCACUUCAAAAUCAUGUCAUUUCAUCAAAUCCUCAAAUUGAUAUUUCUAGAUUAUCUCUUUUAGAAAAACAAAAUUUAGCUGAAAAAUAUAUCCAAUCUGCAAUAUCUUCAUUAGAUUUUCAAGACCCUAAAACCUCAGCACAGUAUCUUCAUGCGGCUUUAGAAUUAUUAAAUUAA